UAGCCAGUGGAGCGAUUUGUACUAAGCGGGGAUUUUUUUAAAACGCAAGUUCAUUGGAAGUGGCUUUCAUAGUUGUCAAUGUAUUGCAGUGGUAUGAAAACAUAGCUCCUAAAAAGAUGCCUCCAAAAAAGACAGGUGAUGGACCAAAGCCACCACCACUGAUUGGACGGUUUGGGACGUCUUUGAAGAUUGGAAUUGUUGGAUUGCCAAAUGUCGGGAAGUCAACUUUCUUCAAUGUGCUCACGAAGAGCCAGGCUGCGGCAGAAAAUUUCCCAUUCUGCACCAUCGACCCGAACGAGAGCAGGGUGCCCAUCCCUGAUGAACGCUUUGAUUUUCUCUGCCAUUUCCACAAGCCUGCCAGUAAGGUUCCAGCAUUCCUGAACGUCGUGGACAUCGCUGGAUUGGUGAAGGGGGCUCACGCCGGGCAGGGCCUAGGAAAUGCUUUCCUGUCGCACAUCAGUGCCUGCGACGCCAUCUUCCACAUGACACGUGCGUUUGAGGAUGAGGACAUCAUCCACGUGGAGGGGAACGUUGACCCGGUGAGAGAUAUCGAGAUCAUUCAUGAAGAGCUGCGACUGAAGGACGAGGAGAUGAUCGGACCCAUCAUUGACAAAUUGGAGAAGACUGCAGUGAGGGGUGGCGACAAGAAGCUCAAACCUGAAUAUGACAUCAUGUGCAAAAUCAAGAACUGGGUAGUGGAUGAAAAGAAACAUGUCCGCUACUAUCACGACUGGAACGACAAGGAGAUUGACGUAUUGAACAAAUACUUGUUUCUCACAUCCAAGCCAAUGUUAUACCUCGUCAACCUCUCCGAGAAGGACUACAUCAGAAAAAAGAAUAAAUGGCUGGCGAAAAUCAAGGAGUGGGUGGACGUCCAUGACCCCGGGGCGCUGGUCAUCCCCAUCAGCGGGGGGCUGGAGAACAAGCUACAGGACAUGAGCGAGGAGGAGCGACAGAAGCACUGCGAGGAGCAGAAGACCCAGAGCGUGCUGCCCAAGAUCAUCAAGAGUGGCUACGCAGCCCUGCAGCUGGAGUACUUCUUCACUGCGGGGCCGGACGAGGUGCGAGCCUGGACUGUCCGGAAAGGCACCAAGGCGCCGCAGGCCGCCGGAAAGAUCCACACUGACUUUGAGAAGGGCUUCAUCAUGGCCGAGGUGAUGAAGUUCCAGGAUUUUAAAGAAGAGGGUAGCGAGGGUGCUGUCAAGUCUGCUGGAAAAUACAGACAACAAGGCAGAAACUACGUCGUGGAGGACGGCGACAUCAUCUUUUUCAAAUUCAAUACUCCAAACCAGCCCAAGAAGAAGUGAUUUGGGUGGGGGGACCCCACGCACCCACCUGGAUGAACUGCUCACUGAGGAGAACGGGGUCCUUUGUUUUAAACUGAAUGAAACCAGGAGGUUUGAUUGGGACCUGUGAGCUGCCCUGAUUCCUGUCCAUUGGGGUGGAAAAUAUAGGGCCACUCCCCUCCCAACCACCACCACCUUCCAAAAAAGUCCACUAAACAUGUGACAGCUUUGCUAUUUAAGAUUAGGAUCCCCCACUCAGAAAGGGGGCUUUUGAAGAAACGUAUCACUCUCCAGAUACUUCAUUAAUCUCCGUCACAGGUGCCAGGGCUGACAUGCCAGACAGCCAGGACAAUGUGGCCUGCUCCUCUCACAAUCUACAGAUAAUGCAUGUUUUACAGUAGCCCAGAUGUCUACACUCAAUAAAACAUUUGACAAAACCA